GCCCGAGGGACAACAUGCAGGUGCGGCGGCAGACAUUCAUCACGUGGUGUCUCGCGGCGGCAGCUCUCCACAGCGCAGCCUCCCAGAGCCCGGGUCGUCCUCCACUCGCUCCUCCACCUGGGACUCGAGGUCCUUUCAGCCCCCAGGACACAGAGGGCGGCCGGGAUCUUCUAAGCGAGGGCCUGAGCAUCCCUCUCUUGUGGGGGUCGCCAGCCUCCAUCCAGAUCCCGGCCCUUAUGCUGCUGACUGUGGUGCUCCUCUUUUUCACAGCGGUGGCGCGUGACAGCUUCCUGUCCUUGUUUGAAGCGCCGACGGUCCCCUCGGGUUUAAUGGGGGCGGGGCAGCGGCCGAUGGCGGGGUCGAUGGGCGCGGGGCGGCGGCCGAUGGCAGGGAGAUCCCUUCUUCGGGAGGUUCCUCAGUAUGAGGCCUUCGCUUCUUCUGUCGUAGACGCUACGGAGGAUUUGAAAUUUUUGUAGUUAUAUAUUUUUCAUUGCUGUAUGUUUGUAUAGUCUUCAUACUCUAAUCAAUAUAAUAAAAAAAUGUAGAUAUGU